AUGGAUGUCUUUACCCAGUAUGCCUAUAAUGACAGUUUCUAUGGCAAUGGAACAUGGGGCUUCAACGAAACAGACCACGAGCAGAAGCACCCUUACAACUACUAUGCCAUGCUGCUUACGCUGCUCAUCUUCGUUAUCGUCUUUGGCAACGUGCUGGUGUGCAUGGCUGUGUCAAGAGAGAAGGCUCUGCAGACCACCACUAACUACCUGAUCGUCAGCCUGGCUGUAGCUGACCUACUGGUGGCCACACUGGUUAUGCCCUGGGUCGUCUACUUGGAGGUAGUCGGAGAAUGGCGGUUUAGCAAGAUACACUGUGACAUAUUUGUCACUUUGGAUGUGAUGAUGUGUACAGCCAGCAUCCUCAAUCUCUGUGCCAUCAGCAUUGAUCGUUAUACAGCGGUUGCAAUGCCAAUGCUGUACAACACUCGCUACAGUUCCAGGAGACGGGUCACAGUAAUGAUCUCCGUGGUGUGGGUACUUUCAUUCGCCAUAUCAUGUCCCCUGUUGUUUGGCCUGAAUAACACAGCUACUCGUGAUGAGUCUCUCUGUGUGAUCGCCAAUCCAGCCUUUGUAGUGUACUCCUCCAUCGUGUCCUUCUAUGUUCCCUUCAUCAUCACGCUGCUGGUUUAUGUGCAAAUUUAUGUGGUGCUGAGAAAGCGCAGAAAACGUGUCAACACAAAACCAAAGCAGCGUGUAUGUCAGACUGCCGACCCCGAUGUCGCCCCUUCACUGAAGGAUAAGUGCACUCAUCCAGAGGAUGUGAGGUUGUGCACCAUGAUUGUUAAAUCUAAUGGGAGUUUUCCUGUCAACAAGAAGAAAGUGGUGCGUGCCAAUGAGGGGGAGGAUCUGGAGCUGGAUGAGCUCAACAACAGUGGCAGCAGCCAGAAACAGAAGCAGCAGCCGCACUGUGCUCUUGGAGACACCAUGUCCACUAGCCACCAGCUAUUGACGCCCAACAUGGCCAACGCUAGCCCCACCUCUUCACCGCCCACCCCUCCUGAAGAGAGCCAAAAAGCAGAAAAGAACGGAGACCCUACGAAGGAGGUCAUGGGGGAGCCAGCUCCCGUUGUGGCAAAAGCCUUCCAGACGCAGGCCUUACCUAAUGGCAAGACUCAGACCUCUGUGAAAACCCUGAGCAAGAGGAAGAUCUCCCAGCAGAAAGAGAAGAAGGCCACUCAGAUGUUAGCCAUCGUCCUUGGUGUAUUCAUCAUAUGCUGGCUGCCAUUUUUCAUUACACAUAUCUUGAACACCCACUGCACAAAAUGCAAGGUCCCCGCUGAGAUGUAUAAUGCAUUCACAUGGCUGGGCUACGUGAAUAGUGCUGUAAAUCCCAUCAUAUACACCACCUUUAAUGUUGAGUUCAGAAAGGCAUUCAUCAAGAUCUUGCACUGCUAAACUGGGACAUCACUUGUCUGAUCAGACUGAGGGAGGAAUGAUGAAUAAAAAGCAUUUCUUCGGGCAAA